AUGCCGGCUCUGCCAGCACUGCUGCUGUCGAUUAACGUCGCCGUCCUGCUGCUGACCAUGGCACCGCUCUCCUUCUGCCAGGCCAACACGCUCUCUGCCGUCCGCAUGGCGGCCAUCUUGGACGACCAAUCCGUGUGCGGCCGUGGCGAGCGUCUGGCGCUGGCGUUGGCGAGGGAGAACAUCAACAAUCUGAUGGAGGGUUCAUCCCAGGCGAGAGUGGAGGUGGACGUCUACGGCCUGCAGAAGGACUCCCAGUACGAGACCACAGAAACCAUGUGUCAGAUCCUGCCGAAGGGCGUGGUCUCUGUGAUCGGCCCCGCCUCCAGCCCCGCCUCCGGCUCCACCAUCAGUCACAUCUGCGGAGAGAAAGAGAUCCCUCAUGUGAAGAUCGGUCCAGAGGAGACUCCCAAGCUGCCGUACCUUCGCUUCGCCUCGGUGUCGCUCUACCCGAGUAACGAAGACCUGAGCCGGGCCAUCGGUUCCAUCCUGAGAUCCUUCGGGAACCCGACGGCCAGUCUGAUCUGUGCCAAGGCCGAGUGCCUGCUGCGAUUGGAGGAGCUGGUCCGCCGCUUCCUCAUCUCCAGGGAGACGCUGUCGGUUCGGAUGCUGGACGACAGUCUGGACCCGACUCCGCUGCUGAAGGAGAUCAGAGACGACAAAGUGGCGACCAUCAUCAUCGAUGCCAACGCCUCCAUCUCCUACCACAUCCUGAGGAAGGCCAGUGAGCUCGGCAUGACGUCGGCUUUCUACAAAUACAUCCUGACCACCAUGGACUUCCCUCUGCUUCAUUUGGACGACGUGGUGGACGAGCAGUCCAACAUUUUGGGUUUCUCCAUGCUGAACUGCAGCCAUCCGUUCUACCUGGAGUUCAUCAGGAGCCUCAACCUGUCGUGGAAGGAAGGAUGUGACAUCAGCCCGUAUCCCGGACCAGCGUUGUCGUCGGCUCUGAUGUUCGACGCCAUCCACGUGGUGGUGAGCGCCGUGCGAGAGCUGAACCGCAGUCAGGAGAUCGGAGUGAAGCCGCUGAGCUGCAGCACGCCGCUCAUCUGGCAACACGGGACGAGCCUCAUGAACUACCUACGCAUGGUGGAGUACGACGGUCUGACGGGUCACAUUGAGUUCAACAGCAAAGGUCAGAGGACCAAUUACACGCUGAAGAUCCUGGAGAAGCAUCCUGGGGGCCAUAAAGAGAUCGGUACCUGGUUCUCCAACAACACGUUGGCCAUGAACUCGACGUCUCUGGAUCUCAACGCGUCGGAGACGCUGGCCAACAAGACGCUGAUCGUCACCACGAUACUGGAAAACCCGUACGUGAUGCGUAAGUCCAACUAUCAGGAUUUCCAUGGUAACGAGCAGUACGAGGGUUUCUGCGUGGACAUGCUGCGAGAGCUAGCAGACAUCCUAAAGUUCAACUUCCGGAUCAAGCUGGUGGACGACGGACUGUACGGAGCACCGGAGCCCAACGGCAGCUGGACGGGGAUGGUGGGAGAACUCAUCAACAGGAAAGCAGACCUGGCAGCGGCCGGCUUCACCAUCACCUCAGAAAGAGAGAAAGUGAUCGAUUUCUCCAAACCCUUCAUGUCUCUGGGGAUCAGCAUCCUGUACCGAGUUCAUCUGGGUCGUAAACCAGGUUACUUCUCCUUCCUGGAUCCUUUCUCUCCGGCUGUCUGGCUCUUCAUGCUGUUGGCUUACCUCGCUGUCAGCUGCGUCCUCUUCCUCGCCGCCAGGUUGAGCCCCUAUGAGUGGUACAACCCUCACCCGUGUCUUCGGGAGCGUCGGGACGUUCUGGUGAACCAGUACACACUGGGAAACAGUCUGUGGUUCCCAGUUGGAGGUUUCAUGCAGCAGGGAUCAGAGAUUAUGCCCCGAGCUCUGUCCACCCGCUGCGUCAGUGGAGUCUGGUGGGCGUUCACUCUCAUCAUCAUCUCGUCCUACACGGCCAACCUGGCAGCGUUCCUGACCGUUCAGAGGAUGGAGGUUCCCAUCGAGUCUCCGGACGACCUGGCGGACCAAACCAACAUCCAGUACGGGACGAUCCACGGAGUCACCAUGACCUUCUUCAUGAACUCUCGGUACCAGACGUACCAGCGGAUGUGGAUCUACAUGUACUCCAAGCAGCCCAGCGUGUUCGUGAAGAGCACGGAGGAAGGCAUCGCCCGCGUCCUCAACUCUAAGUAUGCCUUCCUGAUGGAGAGCACCAUGAACGAGUACUACCGAAGCCUCAACUGCAACCUCACGCAGAUCGGAGGCCUGCUGGACACCAAAGGAUACGGCAUCGGGAUGCCGCUGGGCUCUCCGUACAGAGACGAGAUCACUUUGGGGAUCUUACAGCUGCAGGAGAGCAACCGGCUGGAGAUCCUGAAGAGACGCUGGUGGGAAGGAGGACAGUGUCCCAAAGAGGAGGACCACCGAGCCAAAGGUCUCGGCAUGGAGAACAUCGGUGGGAUCUUCGUGGUCCUGAUCUGCGGCCUCAUCAUCGCCGUCUUCGUGGCCAUCAUGGAGUUCGUGUGGUCGACGCGCCGCACCGCAGAGACGGACGAGGUAUCAGUGUGUCAGGAGAUGCUGACGGAGUUUCGUAACGCCGUUUCCUGUAAGAAGAGUUCUCGUUCUCGGCGCCGUCGUCCUCUGAGCAGUUCUGGAGGCGGAGUCCUGCGCCACCCGUCCCGCCUGGCCCUGGCGGCGCCGCGGCCCAUCCGCCUGGUCCGUGAGAUGCGUCUGAGCAACGGGAAACUGUACAGCGGCUCCGGGCCUCUGACGGGGGGGCUGGGGUCCAGUAUGGGGGCCGGGAUGGGCAGAGGUUCAGACCUGGGCCCGGGGCCUCAGAGGCUCCUGGAGGACCCGUUAGGUAUGAACGCCACCACCAGCACGCCGCCCCCCCCUCCGACCCUGAUGGCCCCCCCUGCCCCGCCGCGAGGCUUCCUGCAGAGCUGCAGCCACGUGCGCAUCUGUCAGGAGUGCCGGCGGAUUCAGAGCCUCCGGCCGACCGCGCUCACUCCCCCCCCUCCCCCUCCCCCGCUGCCCCGCCUCCCCCCCCCGCCCCCCCCGAUCCCGUCCGACAGAGCCGACAGCGACGGGGGCGGGGGGUUGGUGCCGAGCCCGCGGCACGACAACACCAAACCGGCGCCACCGCCCAGACCGGUGCCCCCCGCCAAGACGCCCACACACCCGCCCACAGACCUACUGGGGGGGCACAACUGA